GAUUCACCAGCUUGCACCCGACGUUUUAAAUUCAUCACGUGACGUCGCUCAAUACUUUGUGAAUAACAUAACAACAUGUACACAAGAUAGAAGGAAGAAAAAACGUGUGGAAUUUCCAUGGUGGAUAAUAUCGAGGUUUGUUUUCAGCGCUCCAUACCAUUGUAAACGAUACCACUGUCUAUUGUUGCUGAUCAUUUAUAACAUCCCAUACCAUAAAACGAAGCAAUACUAAAAAAAGGAGAAAUUUCUUCGGUGGUACAAAAAGGGUCAAUGCAAGAAAACAAACCCCAUUGUAAUAUAAUACCGACAUCGACGCAAUACAGAUAGGGUCUGCAAAUUUAUAACGAUGGAAAUUCUAUUUCGCACAGCAGAAGAAAUAUUUAGAUACGGAAGCCCUGAACCUAGAGCUCCUAAAUUUGGGCAAAAAUACGAUGAAAAUGACUUGGGUCAGUUUGAGAUGCAAAUGGAUUUCCGGUCUAAUCCGGAAGAAUACGAUUAUGAGGUUCGCCCGAGAGUGUCUCCCGGUCAACUGUACACUGACGAGGAAUUCCCCCUGUGGGUUGCCAUGGGCAAAGAUCAUAACCGGAAGCCCCUGGAGUGGAAACGUCCGAAGGAGUUCGCCGAAAAACCAUGUCUGUUCUCUAAGGGUACCUCACGCUAUGACAUUGGUCAGGGAUCUAUCGGAACUUGUUGGUUCCUCGCCUCCGUGGCCAAUAUCGCCGACAAACCCAAACUUCUUCGCAGGAUUAUUCCCCGUGACUCCUACCCCGUGGAACCUCAGAACUAUGACGGCAUCUUCCACUGUCGAUUCUGGCGCUUUGGUAUCUGGGAUGACGUCUUCAUUGACGACUAUCUGCCAAUCAUCUACAAAAAACAGAUUUACUCCGCCCACUCUGUCACUGAUCCUAACGAGAUGUGGGUGUCCCUUCUGGAGAAAGCUUUCGCUAGGAUGUAUGGGAGUUACACAGAGGUGAGUGGCGGGGUAUCGUCCGACUCCUACAUGGCACUUACAGGGGGCGUGCCGGAAGAUUUCGACCUGAAAAAACUCGACAUGGAGCCUGACCAACUACACACACGUGUCAGGAACGCCCUUUAUUCGAACGCUGCGGUUACGUGCGGCACCCCAGGCACGUUUGUCAAGAAGUAUGGCCUUCUCGGAUCACACGAGUACACAAUAAACGGCGCCGUUACAGCAAAAGGAGUUCGAUUGUUCCGGUUGCGAAAUCCUUGGGGUAAAACCGAGUGGAUAGGACCAUAUUCUGAUGGGAGUCGGGAAUGGCAGAGUAUUCAGGGUAUCAUUGAGGGACCGAACAAAGAUGACGGCGAGUUCUACAUCUCACUGGAGCACUUCCUGUACCUUUUCACUACCCUGACCAUUUGUAACAUCACUCCGGAUUUUGACAGCGACGGACGGUCCGAUUCUCUCAACUAUUGCACCUGUCUGUAUGGUCAAUGGCAAGGAGAAGAAGCCGGUGGAUUCCAGAACAGGAUGAAAAAUCCAAAGUUUCAGUUUGAAAUCGAUGAACAAAGCUUGGAUCAAAAUGGAAUCAUUCCAUUUGUUGUUCAGCUUAUCCAACGUACAAAACGGAGGAAAGCGCAAAAACUGAGCAUACGGGCCGACUUAUACCAGGUUUUAGAGAAUACGUCAGAUGAUAUCCUUGUUCUACAAGAGGAGGGAAUCCCCAGUAAAAACUUCACCUACACGUAUAGUGAGCAUACCCAGAUCUCCUUCCGGUUCUCACUCAAACCCGGAAAAUACGUCUGUAUUCCUUCAGCCAUGAACGAAGGUCAAGAACGAGAAUUCAUGCUCCGCUUGUUCAGCGCUGGUCCGCUAGGGGGCGUAAAGAAAAUAGACUCCAAUGAAGUAACGAUAAUGACCUGUGACGGGGAAGAUGCGAAAAGUUACGAUCAUGUGAAGUGUCUCACGGGUCAAUGGAGAGCAGGGUCAAACGCAGGGGGACAGGUCUCAAACAGAACCUUCCAUAUCAAUCCACAGAUCAAGAUCAAAUCAAGUGACCAGAGAGUAAAAUUCCAGUUAAUGGUGGAUUCAAAAGCUCCUAUUGGCUUAAAGCUUUUCAAGCUAAAGGGGGAGAGUGUUCCCGUUGGAAUAGACUGGUUGUACAAACAUUACCGAGACGCCGUACGGAUGACGGACGGAGAUGACGGACCGUUCAUCAUGGGGAGCUCCGCCCCCGCCGUCUACUCCCUGGAGGCGGGGUCAUAUGUCUGUCUGCUUCACAUGGACGAACCGAACACCGAGAGACGGUUCGCCCUGGUCAUUAGGUCGCAAACGCCGUUAUAUGAUAUAGAACCACACCAGAUGGAAUGAAACAGUAAAGCCAAUUUAUUAGUUACCUCUUCUGUGACUUUUAUUUUACAUUGAGACUUUCUACAAGUACAUGUCACUGGUUCCGAACAUCAUGUCAUUUGAUUUAGCUGUUGACUUUAGCUAUAGUUGUGUUUUCCAUGCACGUGAAAUUAUCUUUAUAUUUUAUUGUAUAUACACUGUGGUUUGGGUAAGAAAAGUAAUUUUAAAAUCUAUGUCGAUUUUUUUUUCAAAAUAUAGUGUGUAUUUGGAUUUAGAUUUACGUAGUGCACUAAGUCUGGUAAAGCCUACUGUAUUAACCUCGCAUAUUUCAUCAAAAAAAUAAUGUUGCAAAUCAAGGUAACUUCCAUGACCUGUAGAUUAGUGAAGUGAGUCUUUUUUGUUUCAUUACUAAUUGCUUGCGGUGUAUGUGUAUGUUAAAAUGGUUGAAAAAUUAAAUCAACGAAACUUCAGAAACGAUAUUUUUAUAUUGCAUAAUUAUCCUCUAAUCUUUAACAUUCAUUCUUUGUUAAAUGUUUUGUGGGUUUUUUUUCAAUAACCGUUAUUUUUCUAUAUUGUGAAGCAAAAGCGAUUUAACAAAACCGAGAACCUUCAGUAUUAUGUAAAAGUCUACUUCUUACAUCAUUACAAGUUGAAAAUGACGUACGUCCAAAGCAAAAAAUCAACAAAUUACGCAAGAACAAUAUUCUAGAGUUGGUCAAAUCUUCCUAAUAA